AUGCAACGCAACGUCGCGCGAAAGGUUAUGCUCCUGCAGGCAGCGCAUAAUGUCCUAGGACUUAGGUAUCUAGGUACGGUCUACACCGGUGGUUCUACGUCGAGAACGCUCUCUCAUAGCCUCAACCAUGUGCCCCCGCAUACGCCAACUCGUGCCGUCACGGUUGGCAGCCAGCUGUAUCGCUUCACCAUUACGGGUCCGUCGUGCGACAAUGCCUUCACUUUGAUGAACACCAACGCUGGGGCCAGCGGCAGUCUGGGCGCGUUGCCGCACAUCCACCAGGCGCAUUACGAGAACUUCCUCAACUUCAAGGUUAUACAAUACGAGAAUGAGACACUGAUCGACGAUCGCUCUGGACAGGGACUUGUUCUACGCCCUCGGCAAGACCUACACCUCGGACGCGAACACACCAUACGUACCGCAAGCCGUCAACGACUCGUCUACCUCCGGUCCCCGCGCCAGCGAGAUUUCCAGCCUAGAGCGCUUCGACGUCUGUCCGGACGAGCCCUAAUCCAUCGCGAACAACUACGGCCCAAAUACCUCAAUUCAGAGCUCGGCGCAUACCAGAUCGCGCAGCCACUCAUCACCCCUAGCCAGGCGCGGGACACCAAUUUUAAGUUGUCGACCGUCAUAUGUGCCGGCAGAAGGACACGGCCGACCUGGAGCGAUUGGGACAUACGGGCUGCAAGGCUGGAGAUGGGCGAUGUGGCGUUUAUCCCUCGUCGCGAGCCAUAUCAACAUUGGACGGAGGCGUCGCACGCCAAGGUUGUGUAUGUGAGCAGCGGUAAGGAGGGCGCAGGCCAGCGGUUGAUUACGGGCGGAAAGGCGGAAUUGUCCCACGUUUCCAAAGUAUAG